GAUACGAAAACGAUUUGUAAACAUUUAAUACAGGAAAAUAGUCUGCUCUUUGAUAUUAACCAUGAAAAACGGUGUCUUUUAAUUGCAAUUGUUUUAAAACGUUUAUAAUUUUAAGAAAAAAAUUCAAUGGAAGGACUAUCAGGCAGUCUUAUUCACUGGCUCAAAACUUUUAAUAUUGAAGGUGUAAAUGAUCCUGUUGAAAGCUUUUUUGAUGGUGUUGUCAUAUCAAAAGUUUUGAAUAAUAUAGAUAAUGAAUUUUUUGAUGAAGCUUGGUUAUCUAAAAUUAAGACUGAUGCUGGUACAAAUUGGAGAUUAAAGGUCAGUAACUUGAAGAAGAUUUUGAAAGGCAUAUUGGAUUAUUAUAAUGAGGUUUUGGGCCAACAGAUUACUGGUUUCAGAAUGCCAGAUGUUGCUUCUAUGGGUGAAAAGAAUGAUAUUGAGGAGCUUGGUCGACUCUUGCAGCUAGUUUUGGGCUGUGCUGUGAAUUGUGCUCAAAAACAUGAAUAUAUAGAAGCUCUUAUGGGAUUGGAAGAAAAUAUACAGCAUGAUGUCAUGAAUGCUAUACAAGAGUUAAUGACUACAGAAUUACCUGCUCCUACUUAUCAAUCGGAAACUUAUGCAGAUUUAAAUAACCAACUCAAAGGUUUAACAGAAGAUUUACAUUCAACAAAAGAAUCAAAAGAGCAAAUUACACAGCGUUGCCAUGAACUUGAUAUGCAGGUUGCUGUUCUUCUUGAGGAAAAGAAUAGUUUAUUAUCAGAAAACGAAAAACUUUUAGAGAGGCUGAAUCAUAUUGAGAGUUUUGAAGACCCUAGCACACUUGCUGGAAAAAGAUUUCAGCAAAUGACUCAGAAAUUGGAAUUAAUGCAAGAUGAGCUUUUCAAACUUGAGACAGGUAGAGAUGAGCUGAAGCUUAAAGUUGAAAAUCAACUUAGAGAAAUUUUAGAACUUCAACAAAAGAAUGUGUAUGAAGCUACAAUAGAAUCAUACAAAAAGAAAUUAGAGGAUAUGAGCGAUCUAAAGCGGCAAGUAAAAAUGUUGGAAGGAAAAAACACACAAUACAUGCAGCAGUGCAUGGAAUUGGAAGAAGAACUAAAAAAGUCUGUCAUGAUGAAAUCCCAAGUAGAUAUGUACAAAAAGCAAGUUCAAGAAAUGCAAUCCAGGUUAUCAGAAGAAACGAAGCGUGCUGAUAAAGCUGAAUUUGAACACAAACGAGCUCUUGAAAAAUUGACUUCCGUUCAACAAGAAAGAGAAAGGCUGGUUAUAGAGUGUAAUUCAUUAAAAGAAAGUUUAGAAGAAUUGCGCUGCAUGCAGUUACAGAAAGAAAGCAAUGAUGGCAGUGGUAAUGAGACAUCUAUUGGAGAUUCUGAACUCUUGGAUGCUGUACCACCUGAGAUUCGUGAAAAACUUAUCCGUCUUCAGCAUGAAAAUAAAAUGCUAAAAAUAAACGAAGGAGCUACGAUCGAUAAACAGCUUGCUUUAACUCAGAGUAUGUUGGAUGAUGCAAAAUCAAGAAUUAAUGAACUUGAAACAGAUAAUAGGUUGGCAAAUCGCCGAAUAAUGGAAUUAGAAGGUCAGAUUGAGGAUUUGCAUUCUAAUCAAUCAGCAGCAAGUGCCCAAGAAGAUUUAGAAUUGAAACAGAAAUUGAAUUCUGCUAUAAAGAGGCAGAAAGAAGCUGAUGCUGAAAUUCAAAGUUGUAGUGUUACCAUUGAGUCCUUAGAGAGUCAGAUCGAAGCUUCAGUUGCUAGAAAUCAGCAACUACAAGAAAGUUUGAAUCGGAAGGAUGAAGAAAUGCGGGCAAUGGAGGAGAGGUACCGACGUUAUUUGGAAAAGGCCAAAAAUGUCAUCAAGACUUUAGAUCCUAAAAAGAAUCCUUAUUCUCACUUGGAUAUUGUAUCUUUAAAGACACAGCUGUUGGAAAAAGAAAAAAUAAUUUCAAAUUUGGAGAAAGAGGCUGACAGGACUCGGGCCCUUCAAGAUAUGGAAGACAAAAUUAUCACAACUGCAUUUUAUAAUUUAGGAGCACAGUUACAAAAACGAGUAGCAGAAGAAAGACUUGCACAAGCUGGCAUCAGUCAGACAUUUCUGUCCAGGCAAAGACAAGCUACUACUCGCCGAGCUAAUUUGAAUACGUCUGGCAUUGCAUCAAGGUUUGAACAUUAAAUUUGGCAUUUGCAGAAGUCUUCUCGAAAUACAUAUAUGUAUUUUGUUGUGGAAUGAGAAUGUUCCUGUGAAACAUUGAUCGUAUAAUUUAUAUUGUUGGACUUUCGUAUUGUAAAUAACGAACUGCGAAGCAAAUGAUUUUUUUAUUAAAAUGUCCAUAAUUCAAGAAUUUUUUACUUCUAUUGUAAAUAUGUCAUUUUACAUAAGAAUUUUCCAAAUGACAAUUGUUGUGAGAAAUUUCUCUUCAUCUGUUAUUGGGGAUGUAGAUAUAAUAUAAAACGGUGAUUUAAAUUCUCACUAAUAUAUUUUUAUCUGUGUAAUUUUAAUUCACUAACUGUUGAAUUUUUUAAAAUUUUAAUUUAUAUUAUUUAAUCAUUGAUUGAUUAAACAUAUUUAAAUUAAUGUAAUUUGUUUCUCUUCUUGUAUUGUCUUUUGCUACAUAAAAAAACAUCUCUUACAUGUAAUUACUUAACAUCAUAUCUUAUUAAAAUUGGAAUGUGCAAUUUUUCUAAUUCUCCAAAUCUUUCUUAUUUAUACUAAUUAAUAUCUAUAUUAAUAUGGUAUUUUGUAGUUAAAUGCGACGUUGGUGACUUUUGACAAUUGUUAGAUUUCCUGUUUGAACAACAUUUUGACUAAUGAAUUAUUAUUGAUGACUUGCAACAGGAACUUUAAAUUUUUAAAAAUAUAAUUGGAAAAUGAAAUUUUCUUCCAAAUAAUUGAAAUCUAAAAUUGCUACAGUUUUUUAUGAAGUCAGUGGUGGUCAAAACCCAUGUAUUGUUUUACAUACUAAUUUCAGGUUUUUGAAUAUUUGUGUAUAGGGAAUCAUUUUUUUGGUUUCACUCAUAAAUGAAACGACAUUACCAUCUGCGGAUGUUAAUUAAGUUCAAGAACUAAUAAUUUUAUGAAGACCUUAUCGAAUGAUUACUUAAUUUUAAAUAAUAUGUAGAACUGCACUGCCAUUGUCUUGCCUUGUCACAAAUCUUGUAGUGUGUAAGAUGAAUUAUACAUAGGCUUUUCUUUAAAUAUAUUUAGAACUAAUAUCUGAUUUUUUUUUAUUUAUUUACUGUUGUUGGUAUGUUUUUUAUUGUAUAUUUUCAUUCUUGGGAGAAAUGUCGCCAUGGCAAAACUUUUACCUCUAUUUAAUUAAAAUAAAAUACUCUUUUAAGAGAGUUCUGAAUUCAUUGAUAUUCCUUUAAUUUAGUACCUUUAUUGUUUAAUUUAUAGGACUUUGUAUUUAUUUGCAUUGUUUUCCUCGUGCUUUGUACCAACAUCGAAUUAUUUUAAUAUUCAAUAUAGUUAGAAUUAUUCUGAUUUUUCAAGUUCGUGUUGUUAAGCGAGAGUGGUCAUUGUAUGCAUGAGAGCCGAAAAGUGGCAAACUGUGAUCUCCUGUAUUGGCAUUUAUGGGCAGCCUUAUUUAAAGUUGAAUUUUGUAAUAAAAUCUUGUUUUAAAGAAUAAAGUAUUUUUAUAAAUGUUUCAA